CCAUAGCCCUUGGGUCGGUUGGUCUCUCUGGUUCGCAUACUUCGAACCAAGCAGCGGCGGCCGCACCCGAGCAGCAGCCUCUCUCUCUCUCUCCAUCGCUUCUCAUCCCCGUCAAGAUGCCGAAGCAUUACAGACCUCCUGGGAAGAAGAAGGAGGGAAAUGCUGCUAAAUACAUCACAAGAACAAAGGCAGUUCACCAUCUUCAAGUCAGUCUCCCCACCUUCAGGAAGCUAUGCAUCCUCAAGGGCAUCUUCCCGCGAGAGCCAAAGAAGAAGGUCGAAGGAAAUCACAAGACUUAUUAUCACAUGAAGGAUAUCGCGUUUCUUGCUCACGAGCCUCUGCUCGAGAAAUUCAGGGAUAUAAGGGCCCAUAAGAGAAAGGUUAAGAAGGCUUUAGCAAGGAAGAAUAGGGACCUUGCAGAUAGGCUACUGAACCGCCAGCCAACAUAUAAGCUUGAUAGGCUUAUCUUAGAGAGGUACCCAACUUUUGUUGAUGCACUUCGAGAUUUGGAUGAUUGCCUCACUAUGGUACACCUUUUCGCUGCACUGCCUGCUGUAGGGGGUGAACGUAUUCAAGUGCCACAAAUCCAUAAUUGUCGAAGGUUAAGUCAUGAAUGGCAAGCCUACAUAUCUCGAACUCAUAGCCUUCGGAAAACAUUCAUAUCCGUGAAAGGCAUAUAUUACCAGGCUGAGGUUGAGGGUCAAAAGAUCACAUGGCUAACACCACAUGCCCUACAACAAGUUUUGACAGAAGAUGUUGACUUCAAUGUUAUGCUUACCUUUUUAGAAUUCUAUGAGGCUCUUCUAGGUUUUGUAAAUUUUAAGCUUUACCAUUCAAUAAAUGUGAAAUAUCCACCUCUUCUGGACCCUCGACUAGAAGCUUUAGCAGCAGAGCUUUAUGCAUUAUGUCGUUAUGUUUCUGCUGCUCCUGAAAGACAAUUGGGGGAUUCUCGAGCCAUCAGUUCGCCUGAAAAUGAACAGUCUGAGGACAAAAAAGUAGAUGCACAAACUGAUGAAUCUGAUCUUAGAUUGGCUCAGCUUCAGCAUCAGCUUCCAGCCAAUGAACCAGGUACGUUGAUGCACCUUGUGGAGGAUGCUACUGCUGCAGAUGAUGAGGACAAUGAAACAAAGGACUGCAAAAAUCUUUUCAAAAAUUUGAAGUUUUUUUUAAGCCGCGAGGUCCCAAGGGAGUCACUGCUUUUCAUUAUUCCAGCUUUUGGAGGUAUGGUUUCUUGGGAAGGUGAUGGUUCUCCAUUUAAAGAAUCCGAUGAGGACAUCACACAUCAGAUUGUUGAUAGGCCAACGCAAGGUCAUAUGUUUCUUUCUAGAGAAUAUGUGCAACCACAAUGGGUUUUUGAUUGUGUAAACGCCAGGAUCAUAUUACCAACAGAGGCAUAUUUGGUUGGAAGGGUUCCUCCACCUCAUUUGUCACCUUUUGUUGACAAUGAGGAAGAAGGCUAUGUCCCUGAAUAUGCUGAGACAAUCAAACGCCUCCAGGCUGCAGCUAGCAAACAUGUUUUACCAAUGCCAGGUCUGGAGAGUGGAGAUUUGGAUGAUGCACAGAAUCUUUUAGCUGAAGGAAUCAUUGAUCGGGCAGAAGCUAGUGAAGCUGCUGAAAAGAAGCAGAAGUUGGCAAUUCUCGAGAAGCAGUACCAUGAUGAAUUGAACAUGGAACUUCAGGGGAUUACUUACUCUGCUUCUUUGUCAAAUAAGAAUUUGCAGAGCUCAGUUGAAGAUGUACAGGAAGAUGCUCCUGCAGAUUCAGAGCAAAUGGAAAAGGAUGCCCGUGACCUUUCCAUGGUUUCCAUGACACGUAAAAAGAGGAGGCUGUAUGAAGCAAUGCAGAUCAGCAGAGAACGGAAAAAGGCAAAUGUCAAUAUUCUCGAAGAAAGGAAGAAAAAGGCCCAUGCCAGCAAAAAAGAGUGACAGCAUCUUUGCAAUCCCUGUUGGUUAUGAAUUCAUUUAUGCAUCGUUUUUGUGCUCUAAGGGCUUCUCCCUGCAAUUUUUAUUUAUUUUUCUUGCUUAUCACAUUGCUGCCCACACAAAAUUUUGCGAAUAUGAUGUAUACUGAUGGGCUCUACGGGGAACAAAGAGAACUUCAACUUAACUAGUUGCUCUUAAUUUGACUAAUUUCGCAAUGGUAAAGUUGUUUUUCUGGUA